UUGCUAAAGGUCACCUGCCAAAGGCAAGAAAUUUGUUUGUUACAAAUGUGCAAAAGCAACAAUGGAAACAUCGGUAAAACAUGUAUAAUAUGCCAAUUAGCAAAUACCGAUAAUGACUGGGAAAUAUUAUUUAUAAGAAUCCUCUAUUUAUCUACCCAUUAUUUUAUAUACGAGUACAAGUGCGCUUAGUAUAAAUGGUCUGCAAAUUAUAAUAAUGAUAUUUAAUGUCAUCGUAUGGAAAGUUCUUUUGAUUAUAACUUAAACCUGUGCUGAUAAUUUAACUGAAAUAAGAUUGGAAAAAAAUCCCAUUACUUUGAUAGUUUUUGUUUCAAACAUCUAAUAAAACACAAAGCAGUGUCAGCUGAAAAUCGUAUCAAACCUCCAUGGUGCCUUUAUGCAUAAAAUGAAUAAAAUGACACAUUUUAAUUUACAACAACUGCUAAAGGGUGUGAUGAAAAAAAUAAACACAAGUUUUAAGAGUGAAACAAUUGCAGCAUUAAUAGAUGAGAUUUACCUCUGUGGGUAUUUCAUAUCAUAUAAGUGCAACCUUUGAUUUGCCCCCACGGAUAUUUUGAUUUUGGCAGGGUCCUAUAGUAAAUAGAUGACAAAUGAAAUAAAACAAAAGAAAAAAAUGUACGAAAUACAACUUUAUUUAUUCUAUUAUUUAAAAAAAAAAAUUGGCAGAUGACUAAAAUAAUUAAAAUACAACAUAUAUGAUUGAAUUAUUUUGUUUUUCAAGUUUGCCUAAUUGGUAUUUCUUUUAAGAUUGGUAUUGUUAUCAAAAUGGAGUAUUAGUCCUUUUAAUACAUUUUCUAAAAGCUGUAUGAUCACACUCCUAUUUCAACUAAUACUUGGAACGAUGAUGUCAAUUUCAAAAACAUUCUUGAUUCUUAAUUUGUUUGUAGAAUGAAACAAACAUGAACACAUACAGUUUCAAUGUUUUCUGACAGGGUGGCAAUAUCAUUUUUGAAAAAACACACAGAUUUCCUUCUCAUUUUCGCAAAAUGAAUGCAACAUAAUAGAGAGAUCCAGAGUGGUAUUAAAAUACAGAUAUGUAUAUCGUAUGUUAGUAAUAUUAGCUUCAUCCUAACAUCUAAAGUACUUUUCAACAAAAGUUAUUGGCAUUUUAUCAAAAAUAUCUAUUGUUUUUUUAAUUGCCAUAUAAAAGUGUCAAAAAACACAAAUAUUACAGUACACAAGGCAUUUUUCGAAUUUAAUUUCCUUAAACAGAUUCAACAAAAGCUUUGUGAAGUUCAUGGUUAUUUAUAGUGAUAAUAUUUUAAAUAAACUAAAUAAAAAAGGACCAUUAUUGGUUUAAACAAUAUUUAUUUCAAAAGAUACAUUUUUAAGGAAUACACAAGUGUUCACUGAUGCAGUGCAGAAAAUGGAGGUAAACACCACAGAGCUGGGGAACGACAAUGUCCAGAAACGCUCAACAUACCAGACGGCAAUAGCAGUCUUCUUCCUUUUGGUCAUUAUGGUGACAGGCCUGGUUGGGAACACAGCAGUGAUUGCUGUCUGUUGUCUACAAAGACGUCUACGACAAGAGGUGUCCAACCUUCUCAUUGUCAAUCUGAGUGUGACUGAUCUCGGCAACACAGUGCUCGUCAUGGCCAGUGCCCUGGUCUCCCUGCUGUAUGAUGGUUGGCCACUCGGCAGUUUUUUCUGCAGCUGUAUAUGUGCCCUAAACUACUGCCUCAUCAUUGUGUCCAUGCUCACCCUGAGCUGUAUAAGUAUUGACCGCUUCCAGGCCGUGAUGCAUCCUCUCUCCUAUGGCCUCCGUGUUACACGACGACGCCUCAAUGCAAUCAUCAUCUAUACGUGGAUCCAGGGUCUUUCAUUCGGCAUGGCCCCAUCUUUCCUGAAUUGGGUGGCUUAUGACUACUGGGAGGCCAUCUGUGCUAUACAGUGGCAUAUGUACAAGCCUAGUUCUGUGAUAUAUGUCACUAUUGCAUUCCUUUUGUGCUUUCUUGGACCAGGAAUAGUCCUCAUUUGGUGCUACUUGAAAAUCUUAAAAGAAGUUAAGAAGCAGAGAGGAAUGGUUAGCAUCCAAGUGUUUGCAGACAAGAAGAUGCAGGAAAAACAUAACAGGAAAGUGUCUGACCGGACUAAGCUCAUCUGGAGUUUAAUCACAGUUGUGGCUGCUUAUUUUGUAUGUACAACACCAUUUAGUGUGACAAAACUCAUCAAAGUUAGUGUUUCAGACAUGUCUGUUCUACCCAAGGAAAUCAAUCUAGUAGCUUCAUUGUUAGGUUAUGUGGCCAGUGCUAUUAAUCCAUUGAUUUAUGGAAUUUUUCGCAGAGAUUUUAGAAAAGCCUAUUUGCAGCUUCUUAGAUCCCUGUUUAGAUGUGAAAAAAUGGCAGACAUUACUUCUGAGACCAUGCAUUGUGUGACGACCAUAAGCAAUGCAAACCAGGUGACAAUCCAUGAAGAAAACAACUGCAUGACUGUCAUGCAUGACGCCAUGAAGCAAUUGAAACAGGCACAACCAUUAAUGUACGACACAACACACAAGCAAGCCAAGACAGUGACCAUCAAAGAACAACAAAGCCUUGAAGAGCACAAGGACAUCAAUCGGGACAAUGCUUUCAGGUCUAUGAGCAUGCAGAGUCAUGUAUCUUGCCGACACAUUGAAGUACAGAGUGCUGAGCCAAGUCAUAAACAUGGAUUACCAUAAGAAGGCUGAAUGAAGGAUUUCUUCAUGUAUAUAAGAACACUAUAUACAAAAGACUUAACAUGUUGCCUCAUUUAUAUAAUGCUCUACUAACUGUUGUCUUUCUACCUUGUUAGUGCAAAUAUGAUUAUUUUUAAUAAAUUUGUAAAA